ACUGCUAGAAGCUUCAGAAAUCCUGCUCGAUGGACCCCAAACUGGGAAGAAUGGCGUCAGCUCUCCUUGCUCUUCUGCUGCUGCUUUUGGGAGGCAUGUCCUCUCCAUCCUCCCCCCACGCUGGGCUGCUUGAGAAGGUCUUCCGGUACAUGGAUCUGCAUCAGGAUGAAUUUGUGCAGAGGCUGAAGGAGUGGGUGGCCAUUGAGAGCGACUCCAUUCAACCUGUGCCCCGCCUCCGACAAGAGCUCUUCAGAAUGAUGACUGUGGCCGCAGAGGAGCUCCGGCGCCUGGGGGCCAGCGUGGACCUCCAGGACUUGGGCUCUCAGCAGCUGCCUGAUGGCCAGACUCUCCCGAUACCUCCUGUCAUCCUGGCUGAGCUGGGGAAUGAUCCAGGGAAACCCACCGUGUGCUUCUACGGCCACCUGGACGUGCAGCCGGCCACACAGGCCGAUGGGUGGCUCACAGACCCUUACACGCUGACGGAAGUAGAUGGAAAACUUUACGGACGAGGAGCAACAGACAACAAAGGUCCUGUUUUGGCGUGGAUUAAUGCUAUGAGCGCAUUCCGAGCCCUGGAGGAAGAUCUCCCCGUGAACAUCAAGUUCAUCAUUGAAGGGAUGGAAGAAGCCGGCUCUGUGGCCCUGGAGGAACUGGUCAGGAGAGAGAAGGACAGGUUCUUUUCCAGCGUGGACUACAUUGUGAUUUCAGAUAACCUGUGGGUGAGCCAGAGGAAGCCAGCACUCAUUUACGGAACUCGAGGGAACAGCUACUUCACGGUGGAGGUGACAUGCAGAGAUCAAGAUUUUCAUUCAGGGACCUUUGGUGGUAUUCUUCAGGAGCCAAUGGCUGAUUUGGUGGCUCUUCUCGGUAGCCUCACAGACUCGGCCGGCCAUAUUCUGAUCCCUGGGAUCUAUGACCACGUGGCUCCUCUCACAGAAGAGGAGAAAGAACUGUACGGCGCCAUCGACCUGGACCUAGAAGAAUACCGGAACAGCAGCCGGGUUAAGAAAUUCCUGUUCGACACCAAGGAGGAAAUUCUGAUGCACCUAUGGAGGUACCCAUCUCUUUCCAUCCAUGGGAUCGAGGGCGCGUUCGAUGAGCCCGGAACUAAAACAGUCAUACCUGGCCGAGUUCUAGGAAAAUUUUCCAUCCGCCUGGUCCCUCACAUGAAUUUAUCUGUGGUGGAAAAACAGGUGCAGCAGUAUCUCCAGUAUAUAUUCUCCCAAAGAAAUAGUUCCAACCAGAUGGCUGUUUCCAUGGUGCUGGGACUGCACCCGUGGAUCGCAGAUAUUAAAGAUCAUCAGUAUCUUGCAGCAAAAAGAGCCAUCAAAACAGUGUUUGGAACAGAGCCAGAUAUGAUCCGGGAUGGAUCAACCAUACCAAUUGCCAAAAUAUUCCAGGAUAUUAUCCAGAAGAGUGUGCUGAUGCUUCCACUAGGCGCUGUUGAUGAUGGGGAACACUCUCAGAAUGAGAAAAUCAACAGGCGGAACUACAUAGAAGGAUCCAAAUUGUUUGCUGCCUUUUUCCUAGAGGUGGCUCAGCUGCAUGAAUAAUGGCAGAAACCUUCCAGCUUAGAUCUGACCUGCUAAUACCCUGGACAGGAAAGGAAUCUCAAUAUCCAGAGAAUUUUGGUCCAGAAAAUAAUGUUUUCCCUCCCAUUUAAAAUAUCUUUGGACAUUUGGACCAAUAAGUAUAGACAUUAGGAAUGGUCUAAUGUCCCAUAGCAAGCCUUUCUAAAGUCACAGCUUCCUUUACCAACCUGAUCUCCCCAAGUUCAGCUGCAGUAGCCCAGGACUGGACCUCCCCUCACAAUGAUUGGCGUAGUCACUCUAGCUUGCUUUCUAGGUCCAGAAGUACUCAUGACACAUAAUCAUUCCAUGCAGUGACUGUCAGUACUCACCCCCAACCUUGCUUGUACCAUAUCUUUCUUUUAUCUUAUUAAUAAAAACCUUGGUCUCCA